AUGGCUGCUCCGGCCGACCCUCUAUCGACGGUGGCUCGCAGAGCGCCGCUCACGGCAGAGAGAAGGGUCCGGACCGACUUGGACGACGCUAUUCCUAAGCCAUACGUGGCUAGAGCUCUGGCAGCGGUGGACGCUGAGCAUAAGAACGGGUCGCCGGGGCACCAGCAUCACGACCUUAGUGUUCUGCAGCAGCAUGUCGCCUUCUUCGACAGGGAUGGGGACGGCAUCAUCUACCCGUGGGAGACCUACUCAGGGUUUAGAGCAGUUGGGUUCAAUAUCAUUAUGUCGCUUAUUUCAGCUGUGGUCAUACACCUUGGCUUAAGCUAUCAGACUCUCCCGGGAUGGCUCCCUUCUCCCUUCUUUCCCAUAUAUAUUCACAACAUCCACAAAGCUAAGCAUGGCAGUGAUUCUGGAACUUAUGAUACAGAGGGAAGGUAUGCUCCAGCAAACUUUGAGAACAUUUUUAGCAAAUAUGCUCGUACAAAGUCGGAUGCUCUCACAUUCACAGAGCUCUGGCAGAUGACUGAAGGCAAUCGAGUGGCCAUGGACCCAUUUGGCUGGAUCUCAAGCAAGCUGGAGUGGAUAAUACUGUACAUUCUGGCGAGGGACCGGCAAGGUUUCUUACCGAAGGAAGCGAUAAGAGCAUCUGUGGAUGGCAGUUUGUUCGAGUACCUGUCCAAACAGGAGUCUCAUGUCAAAGGAACUUAGUCAAGGAUGACAAGGAUUGAGCUUUAGCUGUUCCCAGAAAGUUGUCUAGGUAUUCAGAAGUAGGCCUUGGACCAAGUUCCAUGUCCUGUCAUGUAAAGAAAGUUGGGAGUGUGUGAAUGUUUGUGUCAGUGCAUUUUAGUUAUCAACUGCUGCUGCUCAUAAAUCUCAUAUAAGCUUUCGCGAUUUCCACAUAUUCGGUUCAUGUGGCUUCUUCAAGGUUGUGAUCUUGUUCACAUUAUACUUGUUUGCCUCGUGUGUUUCUUCAAGCUUAUGUCUUUUUUCAAACCCGGAA